GGUGUAAUUCCACCUAGCCAACUGCAGAAGGCACACGGCCCAAUGCUGAGCGAUGCGGCACUCAAAGGUUAUUGGGGAGACCUGAUCCAACCCGGCAUGAUAGGAUUUGGGACUGAGACAGUGAGCGCCUGCAUGGGUGACUCGGGCGGCCCGCUGGUGUGUAGGAACAAGGAUGGCUUCUUCGACGUGGCCGGCAUCGUGUCCUGGGGCAAUGGCAAAUGCAAAGGCUUCCCCGGUGUCUUCAGCGAGGUCACCCACUUCCUGCCGUGGAUAAAAGAGAACAUGGUGUAAAACUAACGCCGCGGCCAGUUCCCCACGCUCUGAUCCCCCUCUCCAUGUAACUGUAGCUAACCAAACAUCUUUACCACAUCCGGGAUUCUUGACAUUGUUAACUAAACAGGCCGGUUUACUGUCUCACCUAGCAGUAUCUUUCCCCAAAAAUCAUGUUCACAAUUCUCGGUUUUUAUCAUGAUUGGUCUAAAACGAACCAUUGAAUGAGAGGGAAUGGAGACGGAGGGAACGCCUGCGCGCUUUGGCGGCUGCCAUUGCCCGAGCCACCAUCCGUAGUCUGGCUCACAGGAGCCUCGUAGUGGACCCCGCAGUGGGGCUCACCUCACGUUACAGGCUAUGUUCACUUUGCCAUUGUUACAGUAUAGGUUAACUCUGUUCACUCAUAGGUAUACUCUGUGCACUGUGCCAUUGUUACAGACGAGUGUAGGUACAUUUUGUUCACUCUGCUAUUGUUACAGUAGAGAUAAACUUUGACAUUGUUACAGUAUAGGUGGUCUGUUCACUCUUCAAUUGUCAAACUCUGUUCACUCUGUCAUUGUUACAGUAUAGGUAAACUCUGUUCACUCUGCUAUUGUUACAGUAGAGAUAAACUUUGACAUUGUUACAGUAUAGGUUAACUCUGUUCACUCUGCAAUUGUUAAACUCUGUUCACUUUGCCAUUGUUACAGUAUAGGCAAACUCUGUUCACUUUGCCAUUGUUACAGAAUAGGAAAACUCUGUUGUUCAACUCUUUACGCGUAGAAUAUGCCAAGUUAACUCCUGUUUCAGUAGUAGUUAAACUCUGUGCCAACAAAAAUGUUCAUUUUACCAUUUGUACAGUGCUUAUUUAUACUUUGUUAAGUAUAUAACUUUGUAACGAACGUAACAUCAUUUCAUUUAAACCUACCAGCAUUCUGUGUUUAUAAACAUAGCCUUUAUGUCAUUUCCCCAUGUAUCGUGCAUGUACAUGAACUGUAUAUACAAUGUAACAACGCUGUUCUGUUCAAUAUCGAAGACGAAUAUUCAUUGUUACAGCACACCCAAACCUGAAAACGAAUCCGUUAGUGUCACUUGAACUCCACAACAUAAUGUAACCUCCAGAACAUGGCUUUAUUAACGUGAAGUGUUAAACAAUAAAAUGAUGAGUGGCGAAACAA